AUGCCCAUCAAGGUCAACGACAACUUAACCGUUUCUAAGUUCACCGUUAAGGUUGAAGGCAAGGAGCCUUUCACCGUGGAAAUCGGUGGCCCCGAUCUCAAGGUUCAAAUUCCCGAAUCGUCGAAAUACGUUACCACCAUUCACUUCACUGUGACUGGUGCCCCCGUGAAGGCCUUCAAGUACAAGCAAGUGGCUAAGAAGGGUGGUAUCCCCAUUAAAUCCAGAGAGAUCGAGAUCGGCGAUUACGAGCCCCGGGAAGAAGAGUACACCUACGAGUUCCCCGAGGACACCACCCCUGGCGGGUUCCUUUUGAGAGGUAACUAUCCCGUUACUCUGACCUACUACGUCGAUGGCCAAGAAUUGAUCGCCAAUGACUGGACCACCGAAGUUGUGGCCAAAUAA